CUUCGUCGGCUGCCUGUCGCCAUCGUGAAUGCUUGUCGUAUCCUUGCCUUCCGUUGCGUCAUUCCGAUUGGAAAGAGUUUCUCCUUGAACCUUGCUGAGGUCUUCAUGACCGCGACGUACAUCACGAUUAUGUUUACAUGGACGUUGAUCAACUCUAACAGCACAACUGGUGUCAAAUAUGACCCAGCUUACUAUGCAAACCGCGCGGGGAAUAUCGCGUCUGUUCAGACCGUGCUCGUUGUCGCUCUCGGGAUGAAGAAUAACGUAAUCUCCCUCAUCACUGGAGUUGGAUCUGACAGGUUGAACUAUCUUCACCGUAUGACUGCUCGAGUGAUUUGUGUAUUGCUGUGGAUCCAUGCUGGUGGUCGAUUCAAAAUUGGAUUGAAGGGCGACACUACUCUCCACAACGCUUGGAUGCGAGCAGGCCUUCUUUCGAUUACUGCGUUCACUGUCCUGUGUAUUGUAUCUCUCAGACCUAUCCGCGCUGUGGGAUAUGAGUUCUUCUUUGUUGCUCAUUUCCUCCUUGUCCUGAUCAUGCUCCUUGGCGGAUAUUUCCAUGCGGCUGAAGAAGAAAUGGGUCAUUACCUCUGGCCAUCUCUCUUCCUCUGGGCUCUCGAUCGAUUCGUUCGGCUGUGCCGCGUGGUUGUGUUCAAUCAUUCGUACUUUGGGUUGAAGUCUGGCCUCGGAACAUUCAAUGCUACCGCAGAGGUUGCCGCACCAGGAUUCGUGCGACUCACAUUCAAACGGCCCAAACACCUUCACUGGUCCGCCGGCCAGAACGCGUUCCUCACGAUGCCCGGUGUUUCCACCCUUCCAUUCGAGAGCCACCCCUUCACUAUCGCAAAUGCGGACAUCAGCCGCGAGAGGACGGAAGAAGACCUUGUUUUUCUUGUCAAUACGCGCGAAGGAUUCACGAAGCGUCUCAUGGACAUUGCAAAGACCAGAGGUUCUUUGAAAGUAUUCGUCGACGGUCCUUAUGGAGCUCCACCUCGCCUUGAAGGCUUCCAUACGGUUGUCCUUAUCGCUGGUGGUUCAGGAAUAACGUUUACGAGUCCCCUAUUGGUCGACCUUGUACAUCGUGCUCGCAAGGAGCCUUCUGUGACGAGGAAUGUUGUCUUUGUUUGGGCAAUUCGCCAUCCUGAUCACAUUAACCUUAUCUAUGGAGACCUCCUCGAAACACUCAGCAAUCUCCCCGCCAACCUCAACGUCGACGCUCGCAUCCAUAUCACUGGUUCAGAAGACUCUGCACUCCUUUCCAGCGAAUCAUCUUCCGUUACCACCGAUACCGAGGAGGAUGAAAAGGCAAUGUCGAAGAUGCUCCGGCUACCAAAGACUCAGGUCAGCCAGGGGAGGCCUGAUGUCGAAGAUAUCCUCAAGGAUGCCUGCUCCCUUGCACAAGGCGAGGUGUCUGUGAACGUAUGCGGUCCUGCCGGUUUGACGGAUCGUGUGCGCGGCGCUCUGCGUUCUGGAGCCGCAAGCCCAUUGAGCAUUCUCAAAGGUGGUCCAAGCAUUGAGUUAUUUGUCGAACACUUUGGGUUCGCAUAAAUAUUUAUUCGACCCCGCUUCUUGGUUUAGAACGAUCUCACAGGAGAUCGUAGGACUGGUUGCCAUUCGCCAUUUAGAUUGAUCGCCUUCCAUGGUGUGUGUGCAGCUGCGCAUGUAUACGCUACUACGAUGUCUCCAUAGAAAGCGAAGUGUAUGUUAUUUUCACUGUAUCAAGAGAGCUUAGGCGUUGUCUUUCACCGACGACGCGUGAAGGCAAUAGAGAUAGCAGCUC